AUGUGUCAUUCACUCGGAGGCGGCACUGGAGCUGGCAUGGGGACGUUGCUCAUUUCCAAGGUGAGAGAGGAAUAUCCCGACAGGAUCAUGGAGACGUUCAGUAUCAUUCCGUCCCCAAAGGUUAGCGACACAGUCGUGGAACCAUAUAAUGCGGUAUUGUCUUUCCACCAGUUGGUGGAGAAUGCCGACGAGUGCUUCUUGCUUGACAACGAGGCCCUUUAUGACAUAUGUUUCCGUACUCUGAAGCUGACCACGCCCACGUAUGGGGAUUUGAACCACUUGGUGAGUGCAGCGAUCAGUGGUGUCACUACUUGCUUGCGCUUCCCGGGGCAGCUCAACUGCGACCUGCGCAAGAUUGCUGUGAACCUGAUACCAUUCCCGCGCCUGCACUUUUUCAUGACUGGCUUUGCGCCCCUCACGUCCCGUGGCUCCCAGCAGUACCGCGCGCUGACCGUGCCGGAGCUCACGCAACAAAUGUUCGAUCAGUACCGCGCGCUGACCGUGCCGGAGCUCACGCAACAAAUGUUCGAUGCCAAAAAUAUGAUGUGUGCAGCUGACCCUCGCCAUGGCCGCUACCUGACCGCGGCGGCCCUGUUCCGCGGUCGCAUGUCCACCAAGGAGGUCGACGAACAGAUGCUUAAUGUGCAGAACAAAAACUCUUCAUACUUUGUGGAGUGGAUUCCAAACAACAUCAAGGCUUCUGUGUGCGACAUCCCCCCAAAGGGCCUCAAGAUGGCAGUUGCCUUCGCAGGUAAUUCAACAGCGAUUCAGGAAAUGUUUAAGCGUGUAGCAGAGUACUUCACGGCGAUGUUCCGGCGCAAGGCCUUCCUGCACUGGUACACCGGCGAGGGCAUGGACGAGAUGGAGUUCACCGAGGCGGAGAGCAACAUGAACGACCUUGUCUCGGAGUACCAGCAGUACCAGGAUGCCACUGCGGAGGAGGAGGGCGAGUUCGAUGAGGAGGAGGACGGCGAACAGUGA